GUGCCCAUCUAUCCGGUGCUGAACGACUGUAGUCGAUGCCGGCCAUCUCGGCCCUCUACCGCUUGGGCUCUUCGAUGCGAAUCACACCAUGGCACCUCCAUACUCCAGUUCCCAGGCCGCCUUGACUGGCUAUACUCCUUCAUUCCUGUCGCUGCAGGACCAGAACCCUCCUCUCUCCGCCUACUCCAUUCUAGGGACCGGACAAUACCCCGAUAGUGUCGCAUUUUGGCACAAUCCAUCCGCGCAACCCCAACCGCCGCUACCUCCCACCGCCGUCGCCGCCUCCUAUCCGUCCGUGCCCCCAAAGGCCCAGUCGCUCCUUCAACCCACCUCCGACCAGAAGAAGCAUAAGCGCACUCGCAGUGGCUGUUUCACCUGUCGAUCCCGUCGCAUCAAGUGCGACGAAGCACGUCCCGUCUGCGACAGAUGUCGGAAGGGUAACCGCGACUGCGUCUAUCCGUCAGCCACAGGUGCAUCCAAGUCAGGAACCCGUAGUGUGUCCAAGCCCAGAGGAUCACUGUUGCGUGGAAAUGAGACUUCCGGUCACCCGGGAUCCGAGGACUUCCGCGUCUUGGAGCCCAUCGCCGACGAGGAUGAAGAUGGAGCUAGUGUCGGGUCAAGUACCCGACUGUCCCCAACAGCCGCACCCACAUGGUCCAAACCCAACCUCCCCAGAAGACAAAGUGGUCAGUCUUUGAAGCAGCAGGGUGGAAAGCAUGCUGUUGCGACCGACUCGGGUGGUGCACGCAUUGAGCAUAGUAAUUCGCCGUCCCCGUCCUCGGAUACGUCAUCUAGAUAUGACUCGCUAAGCGCUCGGUCGGCCAGCGUCGGUGUCACCUUGCCCGAACCAUAUGGAUUAACUCUGCCCAGUAUAGCACAUCUGCCCGACGACCUGCGAUUUUAUCUCAACUACCACCAAGAAUUCAUCACCUACCGUCAUUAUUUCUUAAAACCGGUCAAUGACCGGUUUGUUCAUCAGAGUAUCAUUGAGCUGGCGUUGCAGUAUGAUCCCCUGCUGUACGCCGUUGUGGGGUUUUCUGCAUAUCACCACUGUGUUCAAAAUAACAGUGGGAAGCUUUACACCUUCUUGAAAUAUUACAACUUCGCGUUGAAGCUCCUGCGCAAGUCCCUAGGCUCAGGUGAGCCGCAUAAUGAGGCGACCCUGAUCACGGUGCUUGUCCUCACCACUUUCGAGGAAUCUGUCGGGGACUGGGUCAACCUUAUUGGCCACCAUCAGGCUGCUCAUGCCUUGGUGCGGGAGAUUCUAACGCCAGAGUCUGCCAACCUGAACGAGCUUCACAGCAACAUCUUCGUCUGGUACGCCCGGUUCGACGUGGUAGCAGGGAUCUUGGCCGGAAAUGAGACGAUACUAAGUCGUGACUGGUAUAUUGCGAAAGAGGAAUUUGAUGCUCAGGAGGCCGCCCGCCAUCCAAACGAUGCCACGAAGCAAUUGGCGUUGGCAAAUUCGAUCAACCGCCGGUUUGGCUUGGAAAUGGCGUCGCUGUAUGCGAAGUUGUCGCGUGGACUGAUUCCUGUGAAUGAGUUUAUCGUCCAGAACGAACUGUUGGGACAGACCUUGGAAAGGGUACGGACCAUCCUGGAAUCGUUCAACGACUCUGAAUACACCGUGCAGGAGUACCCUAAUCGCGUCCCCUUGACCUCGGACGAUGUCGUGGAUCCGUAUGUUCCUGGGGGCAUGCACCACGGGCCAUUGUGGGAAGUCAACAUGACGUGGGUUGAUUACUACUCCACCAAGGCUAUGUACAAGUAUCAGUCACUUCUUUCGGUGAAGCAAUCAUCGGUGGAAGAACUGCAAUCCCUCUCGGUAGAGCUGGUCCGGCUGAUGGAGGCGGUUGAUCGAUGGCCGAUGAAGGAAAGCGGAUGCAUCUUGGCGUUCAAGAACAGCAUCGGGAUGGCUGCCAUGUUCUGUCCGCGCGACGAACGGUAUAUAAUGUGGGCGCGGAGGAAGUUCGCUCAGCUGGAGCAAAGCGGAUACGUCGUUGCAGCCACAUUCCGGGCGGCACUGGCAGCCUCGUGGCAAAAACCCGAAGUCAAUCGCUGGUGGUUGCCAGACGAUGAAGGAUACCCGAGCAUCAUCCGUGAGGUGCGAGCGAUGACGGAAGAACGCACGAGCCACCCUCGAGAUAACUUCCGCGAGGAUGUCAGCCAUAUGAAGACGCUGUUCUGGAACAUCAGCCUGGACGACCCCUCCAGCGAGGGGAGUCCCGCAUCGGUGAACACGGAAGGUCGAUCAUGAUAGCCUGCUGUACCACUGCAGCUGGUUGCACAACAGACGCAGCAUGUUUCACUGUGCAUAACGAACGAGUACAUACAAACACCCAAGCACAGCAUCGAGUUCCAUAGUAACGAAUCCAACGAUGAUUCUUACCCUCCUCCACCCGGUCACGCCAUGGUCACCGCUACACCUUAAUGAAUAAUCACUGGUUGUCUGAUGACCCAACCCACAUUCG